AUGAUCGGCGGCUUGCACCACCCAUGGUGGCAUGACUUGAAACCUCUGACCCAACGACACGUUCUGCGGAGACACGGAACCAAAACUAUUCAAAGAUUCCUGGUGAUACUAUGGAUCUUGAACGUUGGCUCACCCGACGUUGGUUCGAGGCGUUUGAUUGCGGUCCAGGGCGCCCAAGCCUCAAGAAGCGCGUCUGAAAACCUCAGCGCGAGCUGUGAUGGCCGUCAGCAGCCCCGACCCGGUGCGAUUUACUCCGCGGUUGCACACCUCAACUAUGGUGUUGGCUUGGAUCUGAGGGCAGAUAUCAGCAUUCCUGGGGAGUGCGAGGUCAAUCUUCCCAUCGAUGUGCCCGUUCGCGAGCUUGGAAUCGACGCUGCCCUCGCACUCCCGAUAGUUGAGGUUACGUCUUCGGAGGCGGACGAGACUUACGGGGUGGGAAGCCAAGUAACCAUCGACGUUAGAUUCUCGAGUGUCGUCCAAGUGGAAGGCUCGCCGACCCUGAGGCUGAGGACUGGUUGUCACGAUGACUCAUGCAGCACGCCGGAGGUUCAGAGUUUCAUCUGCAGGGCUUCGAGGGGAGAAUUCGCCAUUAGCUUCAAUGGAGAGACCAUGCCGAACAUCGAUGCGGGCGUUAGCGAGGAGGGCUUGAGGCGAAUCCUUCAAGAAUUUUCCGGGAUCGAGCGAACAACCGUGGAAUAUAGUACUUGGAUGGAGGGUACUACCACGGUCGAAGACCCGGGCAGAGCAAGCACCGCCGGCUUGAUAUUGGGCAGCAGGGGCGCCUGUUCAGAAAACGGCACGACAGUGACCGUCACCUUCGACAGCAUUUCGAUGGAGGGAGAUGAUGGUAACUUGCCGCUGCUGGAGCUGGACUACUUGAACUCUCCCGUGAACAGCUAUACCGGAAUGAGUUGGGGCAAUCGUCACCGCCUGUGGUACGGCUGGCUCAACGAGGAAGAGGAGGAGCCAGAACGAGCGGAAAAGGACAUCUCUUUCGGAGGAUAUUUCAUAGAUAAAUCCGGCAAAGCCAUUGUUGGAGAUGCCGGGCUCAAUGGCGUGGAGCUCGGGCCCGCCGUAGAAGUGACACCUGGGUGGAAGCCUGCAGAUCGCCUGGCCGCCUACACCGGGGGAUCGGGGACCGACACGUUGUCCUUUAUCUACGUCGUGCAAGAGGGUGACUCGUCGGCAGACCUGGACUACUACGACGAAUCGUCUCUUGCGUUGCCCGACAACGCCACCAUCACGGGCGAGAACGGGGUCGCAGCAAACCUCGAGCUUCCCCCCCUCGGGUACGCGGCGGUGUACCGGCUGGGUACGGGUGCCAGCCUCGCGGCUAACAAGGGUCUCGUCAUCGACACGUCGCCUCCGUUUGUCGUGCAGGUUGACUCUCCCAACGAGGCUCGGGCGUACGGGACGGGCGAAGUGAUCAAGAUUGACGUAGUUUUCAAUCAAGACGUCACGCUCGAGGGAGAGCCUACGUUGGUGCUGGAAACAGGCGUAUUCAAUCAAGAGGUGGACCUGCUAUCGUCCGGCAACCAAACGCUGACCUUCAAGUACGUGGUUCAAGAGGGCGACUCGACUUCCGACCUCGAAUAUGCGUCAUCAACUGCCCUCAACCUCAACGGAGGGGCAUUGUACCGAACUUCUGAGAACGCCACCACGCAGGCGUUGACGGUGCUUCCGGAGCCAGGAGCGACUGGAAGCCUUUCUCAGAAUGAGGACAUUGUCGUCCGCGCAACGACGGCCAACAUUAUCGAUGUUGAUUCCAGCACCGUCGAUGGGGAGUACGGCGCGGGACAGGACAUAUACAUCAACGUUACCUUCGGGUGGUGGGAAGACGACGUCACCCCAAUGCUGCUGGUCAGUGACUCUGCCGAGCUGUGGUUGAGGGCGGGUUGGAGGGUGCGCGCGACGGUCCACGGCGCUAUAAACGGCAGCACUCAGCUCGUGCUAGAGGAGGGUCAUGAACUGACCGCGGACGACAUCGGCGAGACGGUCUCGAUCGGGACCUCUGAGCGCACCCUGCUCAACAUCACGGAGAACGAGGCCGAGGUGUCCGGCUCCUACAUCGGCGACGACAUACUGGAAGGGAAUCCCGUCGUGAAUGUCUCGGGCUCGGGCUACGAGGCGGCCACCUACCACUCCGGCAAUGGCACGGCCUACUUCAGUUUCUUGUACACUGUCCAGCCGGGAGACAAAUCGGGCGACCUCGAGUACUGGGACGAGCUAGCGUUCAAGACCGACGGAUAUGUCCGCCGCGUGGCCGAUGAGGGAGCCACCGCCGCCAACAUCAGCCUUCCCGAGCCUGGCACCUGCGUGGCUUUCAAGGGCUGCUCUCUCGGAGCUAACCGCGAUCUCAUCGUGUCGACCAACGUACCUCGUGUGGAGAACAUGACGACCACGAAGCCGGCCGGCGAGGGGCCGUACGGUGCCGGGGACGAGAUCGACGUGACAAUAAGGUUCACGGAGCCGGUGGAGGCGCUCGCCAAUGUCACGAAGGCACCCAGAUUAAGGGGGAUUGAUAGAUGGAGCCCUGAAAGGAACUCGUAA